AUGCGACGCGGCAUCGCACUGUGGUCCGCGGUCUUCGCUGGCGCGACAGGUGUGACGGCGUCGUGCAGCUCAUUUGGCAACCACGCACAAAGGCCGCAGGGGACGCCUUCGAAAGGCCCGCUGGGGCUGCCAUACAUGCGUCCUGAUCCCGGAUGUCGCACAUUCAACAGUUCCGCCGUCGAAAAAGUCGUCGAUAACCUCGUAAAGCGGAUGAAAGACCCCGACCUCGCGCGCCUCUUCCAAAACACAUACCCCAAUACACUUGACACGACGAUCAAGUGGUUUAACGACGACCUCGCAUUCGUUGUCACAGGCGACAUUCCCGCCGAGUGGCUCCGCGACAGCUCGAAUCAGUUCAAGCCGUAUCUGAACUUGGUCGGCCAUGAUGAGCCACUGCGCCAGCUUACGAGGGGCGUAAUCAAUCUGCAGGCGCGGUAUAUCACACAAUACCCGUACUGCAAUGCAUUCCAGCCCCCGCCAGAGUCGGGCCUACCGAAACAGUGGGGGAGCGGAGACACCGGCGCAAGGAUAUCUCCGCCCGACGACAUGUCAAUCGUAUGGACUUGUGGCUACGAGCUUGACUCGUUGCUGAGCUUUAUCCAGCUCAGCAGGCUAUACUACGACUUCUCAGGCGAUACGACCGUGUUCACCUACGACAACGGCAAAUGGUUUACCGCCAUGGAGAGCGUGCUGAAGGUCAUCGAAGACCAGACGGUGGGCACGUUCGAUGCGGAGGGACACGUCGUGUCCUUCUACAAUAUUAGUGGGCCAAAUCAACAGUACAUGAAGAACAACGGGCGUGGUCCCCCCAAGGCCAAAGUCGGGCUGAUCGGCACGACCUACCGCCCUUCAGACGACGUCGUCUACUUCCCAUAUAACAUCCCGCACCAAGCCAUGGCCAUCGUGGAGCUGCGCGGGUUCGCUGCUUUGCUUUCUAACCUCAAAAAGCGCGCGGAGAAAGACACACAUCUGGCGUCGGUGCUUAAAGACCACCCAGGCAUGUCGGCGAUGGCACUGAAGCGGGCCAAGAGCGUCGAAGACGCACUUUGGGAGUAUGGCACGGUGCCGACGAAGAAGUGGGGAGAGGUGUUUGCGUACGAGGUCGAUGGGUUUGGAGGGGCGGCCAUUCAAGAUGACGCAAAUGUGCCGUCGCUGAUCUCCCUUCCGUACCUGGGCUUCGUGAACGCAACCGACAAGAUAUAUAAAAAUACACGCAAGAUGCUACUGUCACCCAAGGGCAACCCGUAUUAUGCGCAUGGGCCUGCCAUAAGAGGCGUGUCGAGUCCGCAUAUUGACGAGGCGCAUGUUUGGCCAAUGGGGAUUGUAAGCGAGGUGUUUAGCAGCACGGACGACCAGGAGAUCUUGGAUGCGCUUGAGUGGCUGAAAAAUUCGACGACAGGGCUGGGACUGAUACACGAAAGCGUGCAUACGCAUAAUGGGCGGGAUUAUACUCGGCCGUGGUUUGCCUGGGCGAACUCCUACUUCGGCGAAGCGAUAGUCUACCUCGCAGAGACGAAGCCGCACCUACUGUUUUCAGACCGCAAGCCGCUCGACCUCAAGGCGCUGCUCGGCGGCGAGACACUGUCGACGGAGACAGUGACGCUCGGCAGCACGGAUAGCUGGCGCGACUGGUGGGAGGGGUGGUGGCUCGGCAUCACGCGCUGGGUAGAUAACUUACUGUAG